UUUGUCAGUAUGUUUUGGAUUUGAUCAUACUUGAUUAUCAGAUUCAUUUGAUUGUCCUGAAUAAUUUCAUUAAGAAUAUUAUCAGGUGAAAUGAGUCCUUUGUUUAAGUACAGCGCUAGUAUAUUAAUCAUAAUAUCUUUGAUUGGAUGCUUGGUAGCACUCCUUAUUUCUAAUCCGAUAAAUGCUGAAGACGCAUUUUGCGAAAAGUCACUGACUGCGUCUGUCAAGAAAGAGAUUGCUUCAUAUCAGCUUCUGGUUGACACAAUAGUUGAAGCAUCCGUUACUGGUUCAUUCAAGGGUAGCACCUUUGAGGAACUGGCAUUUUUUAUUGAUACAUUUGGCAAUAGAAUUGCAGGUAGUGAAAAUUUGGAAAAUUCAAUCGAUUAUUUAUUGGAAAAAUUUAAAUCUAAAAAUCUGGAAAAUAUUCACACAGAGGAGGUUUCAUUAGAAAGCUGGAGUAGGGGCAAAGAGUCAGCAACCUUAUUGUUUCCAAGAAGACAAAAUCUUCCCAUUCUUGGACUCGGUAAUAGCGUUGGAACUUCUGAAGAUGGUAUUACUGCUGAAGUAUUAACUGUGAAAAGUUUUGAUGAGUUGAAUGAAAGAAGUGCUGAGGCAAAAGGUAAAAUAGUUGUUUUCGCACCAGAAUUCAUUUCAUAUGGCAAGACCGUUGUGUAUCGAUCGAAAGCUGCUUCAGAAGCUGCAAAACAUGGAGCAGUUGCUGCCCUUAUCCGUUCGAUUGCACCAUUCUCUAUACUUUCGCCGCAUACAGGGAUGCAAAGCUACGAAGCUAACGUCACGAAAAUACCAGUUGCUGCACUUGCUGUGGAAGAUGCUCAUCUUCUCGAGAGAAUGCAAAGCAGGAAACAAAGGGUGGUUGUCAAUUUGAAGAUGGAAGCUCAUUUGGGUGAGGUGAAAACAUCGAGAAACACAAUUGCUGAAUUAAAAGGUUCAAGUCAUCCAGAAAAAGUCGUUAUCAUAUCUGGCCACCUAGAUAGUUGGGAUGUUGGUCAGGGUGCUAUGGAUGAUGGUGGUGGUGCUUUUAUUUCAUGGAAUGCUUUGAAUGUUUUGAAGUCUUUGGACUUAAGACCAAAACGGACAAUAAGGACAAUUUUAUGGACUGCAGAGGAGUUUGGAUAUGUUGGAGCACAACAGUAUUAUAAAGAUCAUAAAAAUGAGACUCAUAACUGGAAUUUUAUUAUGGAAUCGGAUGAAGGAACCUUCAAUCCCUAUGGUUUGAAUUAUGUUAGUGGUGAUAAAGGAUCUUGUAUCAUUAAGGAAAUAGUCAAGUUAUUCAAAAAUUUGAACGCAACUUCGUCUACCAGAUCUGAUUCCGUUGGUUCAGAUAUCAAUUUAUGGCUAGAUGAUGGAAUUCCAGGGGCAGCUGUCUUACAACAAAAUGAAAAGUACUUCUGGUUCCAUCAUUCCCAAGGAGAUACCAUGGAUGUUGAAGAUCCAGUCAGUUUGGAUAAAAACACUGCAAUAUGGGCAGCAACAGCUUACAUAAUCGCUAAUUUAGAGGAUGAUUUCCCAAGGGAUUAGAAGAAUCUUGUGAUAAUAGAGUGUUUAUGAAUUAAAAUUAGGAGAAUAUUCUUUAGUAUUAUUACUAUUGUAUAUAUGAGAAAACAAUAUUUUGUCGCAAAAUAAUUUUCAUUGAAAUAAUAUUCAUUUUCA